GUGGCUGGCCGGAUCUUUUUCCCCAUUCGAGCUUCAGUACGCUGUUAGGUUUUGAGUUGUGUGUAUUGCGAUCUCGUCGAGUCCUGGAAAUAAUAAUUAUCGUGACAACGUUCUAACCAUCGAGUAGAAGAUGCUGGUGGUGUUGUGGGCAUUUAUUGCCCUUAUUGCAUAUUCAUAUGGACAAGAGUCUACAACUAUAGCUCCUACUUCAUCAGCUGUAUAUACUGUGAUAGCACCAAUGAAACUUCGACCCAACAUACCUUUUCAUGUUAGUGCUUCAGCUCACAAUAUCAAUUCUCCUUUAGAAAUGAAAAUUGAAAUUGAAGGUCCAGCUGAUAAUGGCCAACAUAAUAAUAUUGCAAAGCAAGUAACUCUUAACUCUGGUGAAACUCAAAUCUUGAAUUUUGAGAUUGGAGAAUGGAGUCCUGGGAACUACAGCCUUACUGUGAUUGGUGAAGGAGGCAUGUCAUUUAGGAACCAGACUCUACUUACAUAUGAACAUAAAAGCUAUUCUGUCUUCAUCCAGACAGACAAGGCUAUAUAUAAACCAGGACAGCUAGUCCAAUUUAGAGUCCUUGUUGUAAAUCCUCAUUUAUUGCCAACUGUGACAGGAGCUAUAAAUAUGUUUAUUACAGAUGCCAGUGGUAAUCGCAUUAAGCAGUGGAAUAGACAGUUUACGAGUAAAGGUGCCGUUUCAGCUGAUUUGCUCUUGUCUGAUCAGCCAGUUCUUGGAGAUUGGUCUAUAAAUGUUGAUAUUUUGGGACAAAUGUUCAAAAAGACAUUUACUGUUGCUGAAUAUGUUCUUCCAAAUUUUGAAGUGCAGUUAUCUUUACCAACAUAUGUUACAUACAGCAAGCCUGAUUUUGUGGCAACUGUCACGGCCAGAUACACAUAUGGAAAGCCUGUGAAAGGACAUGCUAAACUUCUUGUGAAACCAUCUUUGAGAUAUGGUUACCUUGCUAAUGAAAAUAAGCCUGCCGUUACGGAAGCUGAGAUUGAUGGCUCAGUCAACAUACCCAUGAAUCUGGUUCGUGAUUUGGGUCUGAAGGAGGAUGCUCUGACUUUGGAAAUUGAUGUUGUUGCUGAAGUAGAAGAAUAUUUGACAAAAAGGAAAUAUAAUGCAACCAGUGUCAUUAAAAUGUACGACAGAGACAUUAAAGUAGAACUUGUGAAAUCGUCUGAGUCUUUUAAACCUGGUUUGAAGUACACAGCUCAUCUCAAAGUAUGUUAUCAAGAUGAUACUCCUGUUGUUGUUACAAAUGGUGAUCAAAUUGUAUUGAAAUAUGGGUAUACUUAUGAUGAACGUGAAUGGGAUUCCCGUAGUAUUGCUGUACCAAGUAAUGGCCUAUUGAGUGUGGACUUUUAUCCACCAGUAAAUAGCAACGUCUCUUUGUUAAGCAUGAAUGCUGAAUUCAGAGGCUUGGAAUAUCACCUAGAUAAUGUCGAAGCUGCCAUGUCUCCAAGCAACAGUUUCAUUCAAAUUCUUUUGAGAACUGAAAAUCCUACUGUAGAUAAAGAAGUUGAAUUAGAAGUGAAUGCUACUGAACCACUUUCUCAGCUAGUGUAUGAAGUUUUAGGUCGUGGAGACAUAGUUCUGGCUGGUGCUAUUAAUAUACCUAAUGUGAAAACCUACAGAUUCUCGAUACCUGUGACUCACAAAAUGGCUCCCAAAGCUCGAGUUGUUGUAUAUUAUGUCAAAGCUGAAAAUAAUGAGAUUGUUGCUGAUGCUGUCAAUUUUGAUGUUGCUGGAGUUUUUAGGACACCCGUUAGUGUAUCUACUGAUGUGAAAGAAACAAAACCUGGAGCUCUGGUCAAUGUGACAGUAGAAACCAGACCAAAUGCUCUUGUGGGUUUACUUGGAAUAGAUCAGAGUGUUUUAUUGCUCAAAUCUGGAAAUGAUAUUACCCAAAAUGAUGUAAUUUCUGAAUUGGAAAUGUAUGAUGGAGGUAAAAAGAAAUACAGGUAUAAUCCCUUCUAUCGCAAGAAGCGUUCUCUUUGGUGGCCUGGAUCAGCUACAGCUCAUGAAGUUUUUGAUGAUUCUGGAGUCGUCGUUCUAACCAAUGGACUUGUUUACCGAUACAUUCAGUUGAUUAUGUAUAGAUCAUAUCAUCCACUGGCAGAGAGCUUAGAUGAUGAACUGAAUGCUGUAGAUUCUAUGAUGUAUAACCAUGGUAAUGGGUAUGGGUCAAAACCUCGAGUACGAAAGAAUUUCCCCGAAACAUGGAUAUGGGAUCUUGGAACUGCAGGGAAUGAUGGCAAGAUGUCAUUGGCAAAAAAUAUCCCAGACACCAUUACUUCAUGGAUCAUCAGUGCAUUUGCCAUGGAUUCUGUUAAUGGAUUAGGCAUUGCUACAGAAAAUGCUAAGGUUACCGUGUUCAGACCAUUCUUUGUUAAAUUAAACCUGCCUUAUUCUGUGAUACGAUCAGAGUCCUUAUAUGUAGAAGUUAUUGUUUUCAACUAUAAAAAGAAGCCAAUGAAAGCCGACGUUACAUUAGAAAAUAGUAAAGGUGAUUUUGAAUUUACAACUGCUGGAAAUGAAAUAACUAACUCAAAUGAUCAAAUGACAAAGACAGUGGAAGUACCUGCAGAAGAUGGAAUAUCAGUUUUGUUUCUUAUAACUCCUAAGACUUUGGGAUACAUAGAUUUGAAAGUUACUGCAGUGUCAGAAAGUGCUGGUGAUGCUGUAGUUAGAAAGCUACUUGUGAAGCCUGAAGGAGCUCCACAGUUUUUCAACAAAGCUAUUUUAAUGGAUCUGAGAAAUCCAAGUGCAAAUGUGGUCAAAGAAUCUGUUGCUAUUCCAGUGCCAGAGGAGGCUGUUCCUGGCUCAACAAGUGUCCAGUUAUCAGCCAUAGGUGAUUUACUUGGUCCUACAGUGAAUAACUUAGAUAAAUUGUUACGGAUGCCACAAGGUUGUGGAGAACAAAACAUGUUGAAUUUUGUACCAAACAUCGUAAUUACAAAGUAUUUGCAGAGAGUAAAUAGGCUUACACCGGCUAUCCAGAAGAAAUCUCUGAACUUCAUGCAAAGUGGUUAUCAGAGAGAACUGACAUACAGAAGAAAUGAUGGUUCAUUUAGUGCUUUUGGAAACAAUGAUAAAAAUGGCAGUACCUGGCUAACAGCUUUUGUGGUGAGAUCUUUCCAUCAAGCUGAGGAGUUCAUAGAUGUGGAUGAAAAUGUUAUGACAGCAGCUCUUGAGUGGUUAUCUAGGAGGCAGAAGCCAGAUGGUUCUUUUGAUGAACCUGGAGAAGUGCAUCAUAAAGCUAUGCAGGGUGGAUCUGGUGCCAAGAAUGCUUUAACAGCGUAUGUCCUCCUUGCAUUUUUAGAAAAUCAAGCUCAGAAGACAUUUGGGCAAGAAAUGGAUAAAGCUACCAAAUUCUUAUUAAAAGAAUUGAAAGAUUCUCAAGAUCCAUACUUUGUUUCAAUAGUAACCUAUGCCUUCCAUUUGGCCGAACAUCCCGAAAAAGAUGCAGCUCUUCAGAAACUUUUAAGCUUAUCCACAAGAGGUGUUGAAACCAUACAUUGGAAACGGCCACAGGAAGAAACUGCAUCCUACUACAGGCCACAAUCUCAGGAUGUUGAAAUGACAGCUUAUGCUCUUCUGACUUACUCUGUACGAGGUGAUGUGGCUGCUGCUUUGCCCAUUCUGAGAUGGCUUAUUUCACAACAGAAUGAAAAUGGUGGAUAUUCUUCUACACAGGAUACAGUUGUAGGAAUUCAAGCCUUGGCUUCUCUUGGAUUCAGGCUAGCUUCCACUUCAAUCUCUAUCAAUGUAACUUACAGUUUUGGUAAUAUGGAGAAGUCCUUGAACAUAAAUUCUGAAAAUGCAAUGGUGUUGCAAAAUGUUAUUCUACCGUCAGGCACACGAGCUGUAAAUUUGAGAGCUGAAGGAUUUGGUGUUGGAAUAGUUCAAGUUACAUGGUCAUAUAAUGUUAAAUCUACUGUAAAAACUCCUGCCUUCAACCUGAAACCUGUGCUGGGUAAAGCUUCUACAGAUGAUUAUAUGGAACUUGAUAUUUGUACAAGGUUAGUGUACUAGUUUGUUUUAAGAAUC